AUGCAUUUCAUCGAAGUCCCGACUUUUGACUGUGCAGCACAUGUUGAGGAGCUGUACAGCCUCGAUGAGUCCAACUUCAAGGAUAUUCGACCGGUGUAUGGCCUCGUGUUCCUGUUCAAAUGGACGGGAGAUGACGAGCGACACACCACCGAAUCACAAGACGAGCCCGGUCUUUUUUUUGCACGUCAGGUUAUCCAAAACGCAUGCGCUACCCAAGCGAUACUCAGUGUACUUCUCAACUGCGCAAACAAGAUCGACAUUGGCGAGACGCUGUCGGACUUCAUGACUUUCACACGAGACUUUCCACCGGAAAUGAAGGGUUUGGCGAUCAGCAACAGUGAGACCAUCCGGUCGGUGCACAACGGAUUUUCUCGUCAAGAACCUUUUGUGACUGAGGGAAAGGACGAUGGGGGCGAGAACCAAGACGCGUUCCAUUUCGUGGCUUUCGUUCCGUUUAACGGCAAGGACAGUGGUUCUUUCCAGGGAAAGCGGACCUAG